AGAGAGCAGAAGAGACGGAGCGAAUGACUUGCGCUCUACGGCUUUCCAUCACCUGAACAUCCUGGACACAAUGCAACUCCAUCGCACCCUCGCACUUGUCUGUCUAUAAAGAGGGUCAGGAAGAGAGUUCCAGCCUCCUUUGUGCUCUGAGCAAGCGAGAGGCUAUGUCUGAAGAGGAGGAACAUGACAUAAAAGCUGAGGAUGAGCUUGCCAAAGUACUUAGAGACUUAGGAAUUAAUACAACUUAUUGGAUUCCAAAACUACGAGAUAUUUUGGAUAUCACCAAUGUACAAGCAUUGCAAUAUUUUGGCCCUGAGGAAUUUGAAAUCAUAGAACCAUAUUGCCGGCAUUCAUGGGAGAAAAAGGUAUUGUGUACGUUAUUGGGAAUGUCGGGCAAUGAAGUUGUUUUAAAACAAUCACAACAAUGUGAGCCAAUUGGAAAUAAACAGAAGCAAGAUGCACCAGCAAAGCAGCAUCCAGAACAAAUCCAUCAGAAAAGAUUAAUUCACAGUGGUGAGGCCAACGUAGAGACUGAGACAGAGCAGCAAAUGGAAUUGAAAGGAGAAAAAGAAACCCCAUUACGUGAUGGCAGCCAUUCCAAUGAUAUGGCAAACACUUCUCUAAAGCAGUUAGAUUUAGCAGACAUUUCAACUUUACUUGGGACUUUUUCACAUCUAAGUCUUUUACAAAAUGCAUCUAAAGGACUUGCUUUGGAGGGGGUGUAUCGAACUGGUCAAAUAAAAGAUAGGUUAAAGAAAAGAGGCAAACUCUUAAACAUCCCAAUGUCGUUUGAUCUUGCUGGGCCAGUACAUCAGCCGAUGAUAAAGAAACAAGAGUUUUCAUCAUCUGAAGAGGAAAAAAUAUUUGAGACAGCAAUGGAAGUAAUGGGAUUCAAUACCAUCACGACAGAAGAAGGUUUCCUACAGUCCUUGAAGGAAGAAAUCAACUCGCAGCAUAGCAAGGCAUUAUACAAUGAAAAAAAGCAACAAGAUAAUCCCACGGAUACCUGCAUUCAUAGCGCCAAAUACCUGUACCUACCAAUUGCCUCAGGUAGUCUUGACUUUAAUCAACUCAAGCUCUCUGAUGAGGCGUUGGAGGAAUUACAAAGCGUUGAAAACACUUUAAAAACCGCCAAGGAUUCUUUUAAAACGCAUGUGCUAAAAAACAGGUUAAGAAGUUUUUUUGAGAACUUUGGCUCUCAUGCCCAUACAGGCCCUGUCCACUUUGGUGGGAUAUUUAAGUGGAAAGCAUCAUCAGAGGGCAUCAGUUCAGAUGAGGUAAAGGAAGACAGAAAUAUGCUAUCGGAGGCAGUGGAAAUGUAUUCCACUUCUGCCUACAACAGCAGUGGUAGUGCAGGUGGUGUGAGCAUGAUGGCAUCCGAAUUUACCACGGAAUUUUCUGAAAAAUACAAUGCUCCACUUCUUAGUAAGGUGACAUUUUCCGUAGGUACAAUAGGUGGAUCACCUGGCAUUUGUUCUCUUCAACAAUGGAAAACUGACAUUGUAUCCAACACCAAGACGUGGUCUGUCAUUGAUCUAGGCACAUCAUUGGUUCCAGUGUGGGACAUUGUCAAGUUUAACCACAAGGAUGAUUUUCAAAAUACCUUGAUAGCUAGCAGGCUCAAGGAGGCAUACACACUUUUGACAAACCAAAAUCCCAAUUUUUAUCUUGAGACCAUAUUGGUCUCUGCUAAUGCUAAAGCCAGGUCAGUGAUGCAAGAUAUUAAACAUUGGCAAGAAUCCGACAUGGAAAAUAAUUUAAAAAAGAUACUUGAUUUGAAACAGACGUUAUAUGAUGAAACGAAAAGCAAUUUAACUUGGAUAAACACCUGUUUAUCUCACCCAGCCCUCCAAUCAUUUUGGUCAAAUCUUGUUACAGCACCUGCCAAAACGGUGAAAAUAACAAAGCUUAUGCGGUCUAUUAUGGAGCCAAACAGCUGUGACGUUGACAGUUUUCCACAAUUCGCCUCCAUUAUGCAGUGGCUGAAUGAGUCUGAAGGAGUCCCUACUCAAUUAUCUGACUUUAAAGAUCUCGUGAACAUCUUAACAAAAGCAAAAGAACAUUUGAAAGUUGACUUUUCACCAACUUAUUCAGAAAUUCAUGGAAAAAGAAACAAAGAAAUCACACAUGCAUUUAAUUCAUUCUGUCAAUCACUGAGAACAACAAAACGCAUCGAACAAGAGCUACUCAUCAUUUCAGUUGCUUCUGCUGUUGGCUACUGUGUAAAAGAAAAACGAUUUCAGCAUCCCCUGAAUUACGACAACAUUGAUCAUCUUCAACGUGCACUAGAGUCAUCUUACGGAGAGUACUCAAGACUGAUGCAACAAGACAAAUCCAGAGCUCAGGCAUACGUGUUACGGACAGGUUUGUCUAAUGCACGGACUCUUGCCGAAAAGCGAAAACAGUUCGAUUUCAUGAGAUCCCAGGUCGAAGAAACAAUGUGUGCUGAAGUUUCCCAUGUGAUUAAAUGCAGUGAAAUAGGGCCAACUGACUGGAAUAAACUUGAUAUGAUGCUGGAAUCCAUUAUCGCUGGAACUUCCAAAGAACAAACAUGUAGUUCAAAGAAAGAAUGUACGAUACAAAAUGCAGGAAUAAUUUCCCAGGGGGGAUGUAAAGAGGACACAUAUUCAAGGCAAGAAGAAUUACAAAAUAAACCAUCUAUUCAACCACAAAGAAAUGAUGAUGAUGACAAGUUAAUUAAUCUGCUUGAAAGACUCUCGCUGAUAAAAUACUACCCCAAAGAAUUACACACAAGUGAUGUAUGUGUUAUCAACAGGUCUCCAAUUCAAACUAACCCUGAUCGAUGCACAGAACAAGAACUUGCUCUUUCGUAUCUGCAAAAACUGAUGAUGAUUGACUAUCGAGCAAGAUGUGUUAGUUUUCAGUGUGAAAAUCAAAACCAAGGCAAAUUAAACAACAUAUCUCAGUCCACGAAUACAAAUAAAAGCCCUAAUAGUGAUAGCUUCUUUUCUGAUGAUAAUGAUGAUGACGUAAUAAAUAACAGCGAUGGGCCUAGGACAAACACUGAAACCUACAUUCACCCUAUGGACUUACAAAUGGCAAUUUUCCAUUGUGGAGACAAUUUUGUAAGGCAGUACAUUUACACCAAACUUUCAUUCAUCCAGUUCGCACUUCCGCUUUUAGUUCCAAAUCCUUGUCGUUCAGAAAUAGAAUUCCCUAUAUGGUCAUUCAGACAGAUUAAAAAGAGCUGGAAAUACCGUGAUGCAUCUACCAAAAAAUGGCAAUCUAAAAACUGUGCAAUAACUGAUGCCAACACACCGCUAGUGUCCUUCGUAAGAUUUGGUGAAUCACCUGCAUCGAAAUCUCAAAUAAUGAACUCUCUGCUCGGCAAUCAAACGCAUCGAGUUUUUUUUAAUAGGCACUGCCGAGGCAGCAGCAGGAAUGGUCAACUAAUGAAAGGAGUUGCAGAGAUCGCCUGGUAUCUUCCAGGUGCGAAGGACAAUGAUGUAUUUAAUGACUGCAUAGCAUUCACUAAUCUCCAUGGAGAUGCAAGAGAACACAAAACACAGGUAACAUUUUUACAUGAGAUUUCGUCUAUAAAUGUAAUUUUACUGUCAGAUGGUGAUCGCAAUGAAGAAGGCAAACGUAUCUUAGACGAAUGUUUGAGAUCUCCAAAGCCGCUAAUUUGCCUCUGUGCUGACAAAAAGAGAGUUUCCAGCAGAGUAUCUGGAACAAACGCGAAAAUUGCUGUCGAGAAUCGAAAUGAGGCUGAGUUAAUCGAUGAAGUGACAUCAAUAAUCAAUUUUUUUUUAAACAAUUCAAAAAUAAAAAUAAACAUCGAAGCUUGCUCAGCUAUUGCAAGACAGCAUGGCUUCAUUGUUGAUGAAGAUGAUAAACAAUGUGAAGAGGGAAAGGAUAUGGCGAAAGUUUUGCUGAGUCUUAUAAGUGACAAGCCGCUGUGUUCCAUAAAGGAGACAUUUUUGCCUCUUCAAGGGAAAUUGUGGCAGUCGUGGUGCAAGAAAGACAAAGAAUUGAAACGCAUGACGGUAAGGGGGGGACAAAGUGUUGAGGAAUACAAAAGUAAUAUUUUAGGAGAAAAAACACGCAUUAGGAAAGCACAGCUUGAAAAAGCAUUUCCUCUUAACGAUUUUAUGAGAUCAUUGAUUGAAAUUUUGAACCAAAAGGCAUGCACAGUAAAAACAUACUUUCUGCAUUGGCUACGCAUAUACUUAGAUAAUAUGUCUGCAGAUCGCUUAUCACAACUUCAUCUCACUUAUCAUCAGACCUGGAUGGAAAUAAAAGCGUUGAAAAUACAAGGUUGUAACACGAGUACCAUUGCUACAAAACAAUCAGAGUUGGAUAAAAUAUCAGAAGAACUUGAAGCCUCUUCCUUUGGAAUCGAUCACGUUUUUAGGGAAGUUGGUCAGAUCUACGAAGCUUCACAGACAACGCCAUCAGUUGACAAACUCCCAGAUACUUUGCCCAAGAUUGCUGCAGAAAUGAUGAUCUCUGGAUUUCCUCUUGAACUCAUGGAUGGUGAUGCUGCACAUGUCCCACUCAUUUGGAUUAGCUCAAUCUUGGACGAAAUCAUUGCUAAAAUUGGGAACGUGAAGCUGUUUGUUAUCUCAAUACUGGGAAUACAGAGUAGUGGGAAGUCCACGCUACUCAAUGCCAUGUUUGGUCUCCAGUUUCCUGUUGGCAGUGGGAGAUGCACCCGAGGGGCCUACAUGCAGUUAGUGAAGGUGGAGGCAGAGUUCAGUAAACAGCUGGGAUAUGACUUCGUGCUGAUAGUCGACACAGAAGGACUGCGUUCUGUAGAGUUGUCAAAUGCAACACGUAGUCAUGACAAUCAGCUGGCAACGUUUGUGAUUGGGCUGGGAAACAUGACCGUGAUCAACAUUUUUGGAGAGAACCCUUCUGAAAUGCAAGACAUUCUACAAAUUGCUGUGCAGGCGUUUCUGAGAAUGAGGCAGGUGAAGUUAUCACCGAGCUGUGUGUUUGUCCAUCAAAACGUAGGAGAUGUGACUGCUCACAAUAAGAACAUGGAGGGAAGGAGACGCUUUCAGGAGAAACUCGAUGAGAUGACCCGCAUGGCUGCAGACCAGGAGCAGUGCGCUGUUGCAUCAUUUGACGCAGUAAUCAGGUUUGACGUAAACUCUCAGAUCCGUUACUUUGCUCAUCUUUGGGAGGGAGACCCUCCGAUGGCUCCGCCAAAUCCAAGCUACUGCCAAAAUAUUAAAGACCUUAAAGAAAUGUUACUUAGAAAUGCCAAAAAGGAAAAAACAGUCAAUGUCUUGAAGAUAUCAGAAUUCAAAUCACGCAUUAAAAAUCUAUGGACGGCUUUGCUCGCAGAAAACUUCGUUUUUAGCUUUAAGAACACAAUAGAGAUCGCAGCUUAUACCAAACUGGAAGAAAUGUAUGGAAAAUGGACUUGGGAACUCAGGAGUCAUGUUCUUCAGCAGGAAAACAAACUCUAUAACAGCAUUGAUAACAAUACAGAUACAAUGACACGAUUACAGAUUGAACGAAGAAUUUUGUCAAACUAUCAGGAUAUUAAAAAGAAAAUGGAAGAACAUUUCAAUAGCGCAGAUGAUGCAGAAUUGUUGGUUCAAUGGAAAGUUAAAUUCGAAAAAGGAUUUGAAACAGUGAAAGAAGAGCUAGUAUUUGAUGCUUACAAAAACUACUCUGCCCUGAUGGCUCAAAGACACAAAAAACGAAAUCUUGAUCUGCAGAGAUCAAGUUAUGAAGAUCAACUUAUUAGAAAGAGCAAGGAUUUGGCUUCAAUAUUGAGAGGAAAUACAGUAAAUGACGAAGAAUUGAAGAAUGAUUUUGAUAAAAUCUGGAAGGAGUGGAUUAAAGUGAUAAAAGACGGUAUGACCAGCCCUGCAACGCUUGAUGUAAAAAAAGAAAUUAAAAACCUUCUUUACGACGUUUACGAGAAUCAAACUCAACACCUAGAAACAGUGAUAUUGAAUUAUCACUUAGGGACAGAACUUAACGUUAAUCAAAACGAACACAUUAUGAUGAACGCGACAUGGCUUGGAGCUCGGAGUCACCAUUUCAAAGAUGAGGAUACUGAGUUAAUAAAAAAAAUAAUUACUGACAUAAAAUACAAAGUCAGGAGCUGCAUUACCACCCAGGAGAAACAUAAAACGAAUUUCAACCCAUCCUACAUACGUGAAAUUUUAGAGAUAAUGAAUUCAGACAUACAGGAAUUUUCAAAAACCAAUCGAAGAUUUUGGCUCACAGAUAAGUUCAAAAUUGAUUUAUCUGUCCACAUAUUAGCAGAGGUUACGGGGCGAUUUCAGGAAAUGCAUGAGAAUUUCCAGAGGGAAAACGAUCCAUUAGUAUACUUCACCAGUAAGAAAGAAGAAUACUUCAACAGCUUCAAAAUCCGCUGCCAAGGCGCAACGUCCACAACUAUUUUCGUGGAUUUUUUGUGUAAUAAACUGAAAGCAUCCAUUGAACAGACAGUUUAUGAUAAAGUUUGCAUUGACAUUGCAGGCAGGAUGAAGUCCACAUUUCCGGCAUUCAACGGAAAUCGAUCAAAAUUAGAAAACUACAUUCUCAUAGAUUUAGCGAAAAAGAAAGAUUUUAAAGCAUUUGAUGAAUAUAUUCACCAUCCAAAAGAACACUUUCAAAAAUACAUUACGGAAUGUGUAGAAGAAUAUUGCAAGGGAAAAGAUAAUGAAAUAAUUCACGAGAUGUUAAAGUCAAGUCUUGGGGAUACCACAGCUGCAAUUACUCGUGCAAUCAAUAAGGAAACGGAAGUUGUACAAAAAAACGAGUAUGAUGCAUCUUCAUGGCUGGAUACAUUUUGCACACAGCUUGAUGACGUCAUCAAGUUCCCAAGACACACUUUGGACCAAGGCGACUGCAGCGACAUAACGGAUAUUGGAUUUCUUAAAGAAGAAUUAACAAAAGGACUAAAAACCGUGGUUGAAGGAUUAAAAUAUACAUUCUCUUCAGCAUGCUUAAAUUAUUUACAAAACGUUCAGAACCAACCUCACGAAAUACUAUUUCGGCAGCUAUGUGGGUGCUGGGUGCAGUGCCCGAUGUGUAAAGCCAUCUGCACAAACACGAUGUCCAAUCAUGACGGAGACCACAGUGUUCCCAUUCACCGCCCCAGGGCAGUGAGUGGAGGAAUGUGGCAUGAAACUGAUAACUUUGACACCGACAUCUGCACUAGUUUAGUUGCCAGUAACUGCAGCUUAGUGCUUCCAGACAGAAAAAUACCAUGUAAGGAUUAUCGUACAGCCGGACCAGAAUAUGUUUGUUGGAGCAUAACACCAGACUUAACCACACAGCCAUAUUGGAAAUGGUUUGUCUGCAAGUUCAAGUCAGACUUAGAAAAGCGCUAUAACCUAAAAUUUGCGGCGCUGGGAAAAAUCCCAUCAGAUUGGGAAUGUAUUAAAGAGCAUGAUGUUAUUGAGGAUUUAGAGAAACUGUAGGUUACGUAGGUAGAAAAAAUAAUAGAUCACGUUUCGAUCGCAACGCAAGCAAUCGUCAUCAGGCGGAGGAAAGAUGAUGACGAUUGCUUGCGUUGCGAUCAAAACGUGAUCUAUUAUUUUUUCUACCUACGUAACUUUGCUGAACGAACCAAAGAGUAUGGAUUCCUGCAGUCAUGAAAGCUUCAAAUCAAGAAUAAAUUGUAGGUUGAUUAAUUAAACUACAAAUGAGCAUCCUAUGUUACAGAUGAACGUAUGAAUACAUGGCUCUGUUUCAAAGUCUGCAGAUUAUAAUUCUUUAUGUUAUUAAUAAUAACAACGAACACAAUGCAUCAUCAAACAGCAACAUCUCUAAAAUGGCUUGGCAUUUAACGAUCGUUACAUGCAUGCAUACAUUUAACUUGAGACAUUGUGGAUGUUAUAGUAAACUGAUCAUCUGCAUUAGACGUGAAUAUUUUCGCGUAAAAUAAAUAUAUGCAUAUUUUUAGGUAAUCCAUAAAGAAAUAUCUACAAUCAUUUCCAAUGUGUUUAUUCCUCUAUACCCUUGUUUUGUUUAAACGUGCAUUUUGUUGGUGAUGCACUUCAAAUGUAAAUACAAAAUUAAGACUAGAAAUGUCAAUGAAAGUGGUAAAUUACACAUCAACUAACUACGUGCUUAAUAUUAAAUUGUGUUUCUACUUUAACAUUUGUAAUUAAAUACUAAAAUCAAUAUUGCAUGUUUUAAUGGUAAGUUUGUGCUUCAAGUUCCCACAAAUACUCACCAGCCUUGCGCUUUCUUCCUCAUGUUGGUGUCGGACCCCUAUUUCAUGAGGCAGAGCCUUCUCCCCUGGGUACUCUCUUCGAGAGCUUUAUUCAGCUGCCAUCCCCUCUAAUCAAUGCCCAAGACUAAUAUUUUGCCUCUCACGAUCGUUCCUUUCAGACUUUUAUGUUCAUCCAAACUUGCUUCAGCAUGAGCAUAAUAAUAUAUUUCCAUUGGAUAGCAUAUGGCCAUUUGAAGUCAAAUCCAAGUAUUCCGUUCUCUGCAUGGAUAUUUGCCAAAUAUAACAUUUAAGUAAAUUUUGAAACAUCUUUACCAGUAACUUCUUCUUUGCUGCUUAUUUCGCUUUGCAGCAGCAAUUCUGUCUUGCUGAAUGCAAUUUUUUCCAUUAAAAUAAUGAUAUCACCAUUACGUACAAUUACUUCAUUUGCUCUCCAAUUAUACGUUCAGACCCACCUAUAAUACAUAUCUGAGUAAAUACAACGCAAUUUAAGCAAGCCUCAGGGUACUGCAAAUCCAUAAUGGGAACAAAUGCUUCCAAUGACUGGAAAGGCACCACAUGGGACAUACAAAUUAGCUGGGUUUACAAGCUCAUAUAAUUUACUAAAUUAAACAACAUUGUACUGUCAGAACUGCAAAUGUAAACAAAUACAAAAUAAGAUCAAAGUCUGUGCCAAGACAUUGAACUAUUUAUUUCUCGACAGAAAUAGAAGAAAGCUCUUGAGACUAUUAGGAAACUCAUCAAAUAGAACCAGUCAAGAAAAUCAGCAACAUAAAAAAUAUUUAGCAACUUCUUUGCAAAUAGUAACACAAAUUUACGCGAACCAACCCAAAAAACCUCUACGUGUCAAACUGAGUAACACAAACAGGCAGCCAAUAUGACUCCCUACAAUAUCAAUGUUGCUGAAAUCAUGUGCUUCCAAAAUGUGUCGCUGAUGGGAUGUGAAAAAAUAUUCGUUGAAUGUUCAUAUUGAGGUACAGAUAUUGGAGAGAUGUGUAUUGUGACCCUAUUCAUUUUGGAACUUUUAUUCGAUUAAUUAUGUUAUGAUACAAAGUAGACAACUGACAGUAAGGUUGGCAGCAUGCUGUGAAAUAUCUGUCUAAGACCAGAGGAACUUAUUAACCACAUUUUCUAGGGCACAGUCGAAGUUAAGAGAGGUUGGCCAAUGAUCAACAUCGUGCCUAAGACGUAAAUAUCAAAUGCAUACAUGUAGAUCACAAGAGACUGAUGAAGGUGGAAUCGGUUGAUACAUUACUGGCACACCAACAACAUUACAAGUUAAAUAAACAAAACUCACAUUCGUAGUUCAACCCUUAUGCACUCUUUAUUACUGACCUCUGUUUGUGCUAUGAAAAAGUGCCGUUAUCAUAAAUAAUCUGUUUUAUAUAGAUACAAAUGUGUAUUUAUGGCAGUGCUAUUGCUUUUUUAAGCUGAACGUUCAGUAACUGAUGAUAAUGACGAUAACAACAUUUUCAUACGUGGACAUAUAAUCGCACAGGUUGGUAAAUGUGAAGAAAUAACAGUUUUGCAUACAAUCAAUACAAUUUCUUCGUUUGAUGCAUCGAAGUCAAUAUGCUGUAUGACUUGAGCGGAGGACUUGUGCAUUAGAAUGUUUUUAGGUGAUAUCCAGAUAAGCGUAUUAGCAAAUAUUGUCCACGCUGCCUACUCAUCUUCCUUUCCUCCAGAUCCAUUGUCAGUUAUUGCAAAGUUUACAUUAUUUUUAACACCACAAUUCGCAUAGCAAGAAGAUGGUUUAACUAAUGAAAAAAACUGCAUAUUAAGUGGAACAUAUCAUACAAAUCAAUGGACAAAAGCAAACAACUUUAAAAUGUAAAUGCUGAGUGGAAGCCGAAUCAACAAAACUACAAAUGCAGAGGUCCUAUAAAUACCAACGAAUAGACUGAGAUCAAUAAGUAGAACAACCCUUCAUCAUCUGGGCAUUGUUUGGAAUCCAGGCGGCAGGAAGACCUCACUUUGAAGGGAUGAGGAAGGCGAUGAAGAAAAGGACAUAGAUGGAUUCAUAAAAGCAACGAAUAAAAGUGGCAUCAUUGCUGACGAAUGCUUCAGAAGGGUGGACGAGAGGAAAGAUCAAGUUCUACAACUGCCAACCGCUUCCAAAGACAACACAAAUAAUUGACUUUUCACAUAAUUAUUUUACACGAAGCUUCAUAUUUUACAUUAACAACUUUAAGUUAUUUGCGUCCAUUGCCAAUUUGGUCAUUGUAACUAAGGUGCGUGAGCAAUUGGGAGUCGUUCUGAAAUUUGAGUUGUUAUUUUCGAUCACAUGCAACUUCGUAUAUACAUAAAGAUUAUACUAUCUGAAUACAAUACAGAAAUAUAUUGUACAUCUUUAAGUCAUAUUUGCGAAGUGGAGUGUUUGCAUAGUGCUUUGCUAUCUGCCAUAUGAUAUUUGUUAUCUGUGUAUCUUAUAUUAUUUGGGAAUAAGAAUCUGAUUUAAAUAAUAUGGUUGGUAUUCCAACAACCAAUGAACUAAG